AUGGAUCCAGUGCAGCAGAGCCAAAGAGAUCCCGACCCAGCAGGACCGGUUGGACAGGUGCCAACGACGACUCCCAGCUCUGUGCCAGGAAGCACUGCAGCCUCAGACUCAACUGCUACAGCUGCCCCAGCAACUGCCCCUCCAACCACUGCUCCAGCUGCCCCGGCAACUGCACCUCCAACCACUGCUCCAACUGUCCCAGCUACUGCCCCUCCUACCACUGCUCCAGCUGCCCCGGCAACUGCACCUCCAACCACUGCUCCAACUGUCCCAGCUACUGCCCCUCCUACCACUGCUCCAGCUGCCCCGGCAACUGCUCCUCCAACCACUGCUCCAGCUGCCCCGGCAACUGCACCUCCAACCACUGCUCCAACUGCCCCGGCAACUGCCUCUACAGUUGCUCCAGCAACUGCCCCUCAAACUACCCCAGUAACUGCCCCUCCAAGUGUCGCAGUAACUGCCCCAGCUACCGCCGCUCAAACUGCACCUAAAGCUGCCCCUGCAACUACCUCGGUGCCCACAGCUCCUGCCAGGGCCCGGCGACUAGAGAGAGCCCCUAGAGCGCAGACCUCAACCACAACCCCCGAGCCCAAGCCCACAGAUGCGCCCAAGCCAGAACAAGGCCAGCCAGCCCCUGGGGCCCCAGCCAGCGUCCCCCAGCCCAAACCGUCCAAGCCGGGGGCCCAGCCAGGGGCAACAGCUAAGCCCCCACAGCCUGCUGAGUCAAAGGGGCCUGGGGGACUGGGCCAUCCAAACCGACCCCACCCCCUUGGGGCCCGGAGCCCCAUCUCAGUGAGAGCUGCCUCGGUGCCCCAACCCCCUCCUGCUAGCCCUAUCCCAACCCACCUCACCCCUCAGCCACAAAGGGCAUUCUCUGUUGGGGGGACCGCCGACACCCAGCCCCAGGCCAUCGAGGACUUCAGGGUGCACAUAAUCACAUGGAACGUUGGGUCAGCUGUGCCUCCUGAUGACAUCACCUCCCUCCUGGGGCUGAAUGUGGGUGACGGAAACACAGACAUGUACAUCAUCGGGUUACAGGAAGUGAACUCCAUGAUCAACAAGCGGCUGAAGGACGUCCUCUUCACAGACCAGUGGAGCGAAGUCUGCAUGGAUACGCUCGGCCCCUUUGGAUAUGUGCUGGUUACAUCCCAGAGGAUGCAGGGGGUGCUGCUGCUGGUAUUUGCCAAGUACUACCACCUGCCCUUCCUGAGGGGGGUCCAGACAGAGACUACCCGCACUGGCCUGGGGGGCUACUGGGGGAACAAGGGGGGUGUGAGCGCACGCAUGACGGUGUUCGGGCACCCCAUCUGCUUCCUAAACUGCCACCUGCCGGCGCACAUGGAGAACUCGGAGCAGCGCAUGGACGACUUCGAGAGCAUUCUGCAGCAGCAGCAGUUUGAAGGCCAGGCAGCCAAGGGGGUGCUGGACCACGAUGUGGUGUUCUGGUUUGGGGAUUUGAAUUUUCGCAUUGAGGACUAUGAAAUGCAUGUUGUGAAGGGGGCCAUCGACAACAGCAAGCUCUCAAUGCUGUGGGAGAAAGAUCAGCUCAACAUGGCGAAGGACAGCGAGUCUGUGUUGGACGGGUUUCUUGAGGGGCCACUCAAAUUUCCACCCACUUACAAAUUCGAUGUUGGGACAAACACUUACGACACCAGUGGGAAGAAACGCAAGCCCGCCUGGACGGACCGGAUCCUGUGGCGGCUGAGACCGGCGGGCCCAUCUGGGCCUUCCCAGAAUGCCAUGCAGCGACGCAGCCCGACGUCGGGGCUGAGCAGCGGGACCAAGGUGACGCAGCACUUCUACCGCAGCCACAUGGAGUACAUCGUCAGCGACCACAAGCCCGUCUCCUCCAUCUUCACUCUGCAGUUCCCAUACAAGGUGGAUAUUCCCAUGGUGACGCUCAUGGUCGAAGAUGAGUGGAACAAAGUGUCAGAUGCCACAGCCAGGUUCAAGGUGACACCAAACUACUCACGCAGCUCCUGGGACUGGAUUGGGCUGUACAAGGUCGGGUUCAAGCAUCACAAGGAUUAUGUGGCGUACGUGUGGGCCAAGCAGGAGGAGCCUGAUUACCUGACACAGGAGUAUCAGGUGACAUUCACAGAGGAGGAUUUGCCCAAGGACUCUGGGGACUACAUCUUGUGUUACUAUAGCAACAACAUGAGCACCAUCGUGGGAGUGACAGAGCCCUUCCAGAUCCAGCUGCCCACGUCCAGCCCCGGGGGCAGUCCGUCCGACAGCUCGGACUUCAGCUCGGAGGACGACAGCACCAUGGGCCUGCUGCAGCCCAAGUCGCGCAGCCCGAGCCCCGGCAGGUCCAAACAGCGCAGCCGGCAUAGCCGCAGCCGCAGCCCCGGCCUGCCCCGGCUGCAGGGCCUCAACCUGCGCGCCCGCUCCCGUUCCCGCUCGCGCGACGCUGUCCGCAGCCCCUCGCCCCACACCUCCGCCAAGAGGGAGCGCCUGGUCUGCAAAGGAGAUGACACCCCCGACACUCCCCUGUCCCCGUCCUCCAACCCCAGCCCCAGCACCCCUCGAAAGGAGCUCAGCGUCCCAGAGGCCCUGGUCUCUGCCAUCGUCGGGGAGCACUUGCCCGGCCAGACCGCCCCCUCUGGGGCCAAGCCCGCUGGGGAGAGCACAGAAGCGGGGUUGUGACAGGCCACCUCUCCCACCCCAAAUGGUGGCCUCUCUCCCUGGAGGUUUGUGUGCAGUUUCAAACCACAUGUGAAGAAACACAGACAGUUUUGUGUGAUUUGUCAGUUUCUGUACUGUAUGUAAUUCCUCAAGUGAAGACAUACUCCUGUGCUAUAAUCAGGGCUGAAGGAGAGGUGUCCCUGUGCUGUCCGCGAACUGCAACCUCAUCGCCAAGGCCUGUGUCCCACACCAUUCACACUGAUUCUCACUUUCCUGUUUUUUCUACCCUCCUUUCCUCUCUUUCCGUCUUUCGUCUCAAUGUUGACGUGACCCAGUGACCUCUUCCACACCCCCAGAGGAAUUCACGUAAGGGAGCCAAAAAAAUAGGGAAACUCAAGGCUCCCGAUCCCUGUGAAAUCCUUCAUAUUCUGGUUUCAUCCUGUCAUUUAUAUUCUGGUUUCUUCCUGUCCUUCAUGUCCUGAUUUAAUCCUCUCUAAUUGUUCAUGAUAGUUGUCUCAUGAUCCAUAUUAUUUAGUAUCAUGUUUUGUACCAAUGUGGCAAAAUAUUUUUCAAACAUGGCUCAGGAUUUCAAAGCAGUGCUUCAAACCACCAAGCUCUUAAGCCUGAAAGGCCCAGUUGGCAGAAUCAUAACUGAUUGGUUUAUCAGUCAGUCAUCCAAUGAGGAACACCAGUAACUGAUGCAAAACUGCCUGGGUCAAGUAAAAGGGGUGAAAGGUCAUGAGCCUGUUUCACUGGGAAACCCCCUGGGGCAUGGCAUUGCAGAAUAUAUUGAUUACUAAGUGA